AGGAGGCAGAGAGGCAGACAGGGAGAGCAGGAUAAAGAAGAGGGACAAGAGAAGAAAAGAGCAAGCAGAGAAUCAGCACUAUGUUUGGUGUGUAAAGAGAUAAAUAUUCAUCUGAGAGAGCAUCAGGGGCACACACAGUUACAGAGCGUUGCGUAGCUGCAGGCGGUUCAACAUCUUCUCUCCUCCUGUGCUGCACAAGUUGGGCUGAGGGACCAUGCAGCAGGGCUGGACCUUUCCCUGGCUCUGUGCUCUUCUGCUGGGGCUGAUGAUGGGGCUCCUGGUGUCAGGCUCAGAAUUCAAGCAUCACCGAUACGAGGACAUGGUGCGUGCUCUGUUUGCAGUGCAGAGCGAAUGCCCCUACAUCACUCGUAUUUACAGCAUUGGGCGCAGCGUGGAGGGGCGGCAUCUCUACGUGCUGGAGUUCAGUGAUAACCCGGGCAUCCACGAGGCAUUGGAGCCAGAGUUCAAGUACGUGGGGAACAUGCACGGCAACGAAGUACUGGGCCGUGAACUGCUCAUUAAGUUCUCCCAGUUUCUGUGCGAGGAGUAUCGAGCUGGAAACCAGCGGAUCACGAGACUGAUCUAUGAUACACGCAUCCACAUCCUGCCCUCCAUGAACCCUGACGGCUACGAGGUGGCUGCCAGACAGGGCCCAGAGUUCAAUGGCUACCUGGUGGGUCGAGGAAACGCCAGGGAAAUUGACCUCAACCGCAAUUUUCCAGAUCUGAACGCGCUCAUGUAUUACUACGAGAAAACCAACGGACGAAACCAUCACCUGCCCCUGCCUGACAACUGGGAGCAGCAGGUUGAACCGGAGACUUUGGCUGUCAUAAAGUGGAUGCAAAACUACAACUUUGUCCUGUCAGCAAACCUCCACGGAGGAGCUGUCGUGGCCAAUUAUCCUUUCGACAAGUCCAGGGAUCCCCGCAUUCGAGGGAGGACAACAUAUGCUGCCACUGCGGAUGACAAAAUUUUCAGAAAGUUGGCGAGGACCUACUCAUAUGCUCACAGCUGGAUGCACAAAGGCUGGAACUGUGGGGACUUCUUUGAUGAGGGGAUCACCAACGGGGCCAGCUGGUACUCUCUAUCCAAAGGCAUGCAGGACUUUAACUAUCUGUAUACCAACUGCUUUGAGAUCACCCUGGAGCUGAGCUGUGAUAAGUUCCCACCGGCAUCAGCGCUGCCCAGAGAAUGGCUGGGGAACCGCGAGGCACUGGUUUCAUACCUGGAGCAGGUGCAUCAUGGCAUAAAAGGUAUGGUGUAUGAUGAAAACAACAAUCCAAUCAGUAAGGCUGAGAUCUCAGUGGCUGGCAUCAACCAUGACGUCACCAGUGGAGUUGAUGGUGACUACUUCAGACUCCUGCUACCAGGUACAUACACUGUGACUGCAUCUGCCCCAGGAUACCUUCCAUCCACCAGUACUGUCACAGUGGGACCGGCCGAAGCCAUACAGUUUCAUUUUUACUUGAAAACUGCACCAAAACAAAACCUGAAAGUGAAGCCCCACAACGGCAGGAAGAACCUCUCAUCUCCCAAGUCCCCUUUAAAACUUGGACCCAGAUGAGACAUGGACAAUAAUGUGGACGACACAGACAAACACUGAAAACCCCUCAAGCACCCACACACACACAUACACACACACACACACACACACACACACACACACACACACACACGCAUACACAUACAUGCAUACAAGUUAUGGAAAUUAUCCUAAAAUAUGUAUGUAAUGUUACCUUUAUAGUCCUAUAAUUAUAAAAUUAUCUGUUUUGUUGAUAAUAAAAUUGUCUGUAUUAAGCAACUGUGGCAAUAUUUAUGUAACAAUGUUGAUUUGUAUCCUGUAUUUGUAAAAGACUUUCUUUGAUUUUGAUUACAAUAACUCGAUGGAAACUGGAAGUGAAAAUAAAUGAAUGUUUUUACUGUUAU